AAUACCCGGAACCGUACCGAAACGACGAGAAGCGAGUGCCAGGAAAUCAAUCUGUUAAUACUAUCUCGUAAUAAAGGAAUUGGAUUCAAUUCGCUUUACUAAAUUAUAACUGUACAUCCAAAAUUGACGUCGGAUCAACUAGAGAAUUCUUGUACAUUGAGACUAUUAAUGAAACUUUGGCUUCCCUCAAUCAUUAAUUCGGAUUUUCAAAAAGCUUCUAAGCUUUUCCUUGCAUUUUGUUUCUGAAGAUGUCGCGUCUCAACUACAGCAAGUGGGAUCACAUCGAGGUUUCUGAUGAUGAAGAUGAUACUCAUCCAAAUAUAGACACACCUAGCUUAUUUCGAUGGCGACAUCAAGCACGCCUAGAAAGAGAUGCUGCUUGGAAGAAAGAAAAAGCAGAGUUUGAGAAUAAUUAUAAGUCAUUUCUAACUAAAUAUAAUGAGGCACAACAAAAAUUAAAUAAAGCUAAGGAGACUGGUUCAGACAACAUACAGGAAUUACAGAAAAAAUUCGAUGAACUCGAAGUGGAAGCUAAAGAAUGGUCAGUGAAAGUGACUGAAAUACAAAAGAAAGAACGACUUAGACCUUUAAAUAUUGAUACAAUUUGCAAAGAUGCGAAAUCGAAGACGGUUAUUAACUCGCCCAAACUUAAACACGAAGAGAAUUUGGACUCGACAUCAAAUUCCGAAGAGGCCGCAGUAAAUCGUCUAAAAGAAUUUGUUAAUAAGCAUAAUAAAGCUAUACGAAAAUUUGGACUAUUGCAAAAACCAUUAGAUUCACAAAAUUUUCUUGUUAAACAUCCUGAUCUAGUAUGUGAAGAGACAGCUAAUCAACUUGUAAUUUGGUGUAUUGAUUUGGCUAUGGAAGAGAAAUUCGAACUAAUGGAACAUGUUUCACAUCAGUGUAUAGUGAUGCAAUUUAUGCUUGAAUUAGCAAAAUCGCUAAAAGUUGAUCCAAGAGCGUGUAUUCGACCAUUCUUUGCGAAGUUUAAGAAUCCUGAACCAGAAUAUCAAAAAGCUUUCAAUGAUGAACUUUCUGCAUUCCGAGAAAGAAUCAGAGCUCGAGCAAAAGUUCGUUUAGAAGAAGCUAUGAUGCAAAUCGAAGAGGAAGAAAAGCAAAAACGUCUUGGUCCUGGUGGUCUGGAUCCAGUUGAAGUUUUUGAGUCGUUACCAACGAAUCUUCAAGAGUGUUUUGAGAAAAAAGAUGUUGAGUUAUUAAAAACAGUAUUAUGCAGUAUGGAUCCACAACAAGCUGAAUAUCAUAUGAAAAGAUGUGUUGAUAGUGGCCUAUGGGUGGAUAAUGCACGUGAUCAACAAGAAGAAGAUGGUGAAUCAUCGUCAAAUAUUAACACUGACGGUAAUGAUGAUAUUGCUGCUACAAUUCAAACAAAUAAAGAACCAAUCCAUGAUAACGCCUAACAUAAUAAAUUUUCUUGUAUACUACUCGCUAUCGAAAAAUUUCCCUCUCUGUUUAUUAAAGAAAACAAUUUUAUACAUACUUCAUAUCAAUCACUAUUGAAUCCUUACUACAACUCUCCUCUUCUUCUUAUGCGUUUAUCAUCCAUCACGUUAUGUUAAAGCGUUUGUUGGUUGAAUUUCUUUUCUUAAAAAUGAGUCCACUGGAUUGAUUUAGUAUGUAAGCACAUUGUUUCAUUUCUAAUUAAUAUGUGUGUGUAAAGAGUAAUUUCUACGAACGACUAAUGAAUUUAUGCAUAUUUUCUUGAGUGGUUUAUUUUUCUCUCACCUCGAGACGAUAUAUCAGUAAUGCAAUAAAUGUAAUAAGCU